UUCCGGGCGCGCGGGGCUGCAGCAAGGCAUGGGCGCCCCCCUAUCCCCGUGGGCGCCCCGCCGCACGCACAUGGCCCGGCGGUAGGCGCGCGGUGCGGCCUGGGAGAGUCGGAAGCGCGGCGAGGCCCGGCGAGGCAGCAGGGAAGGGCCAUGCAGGACGCGGAGAACGUGGCGGCGCCCGAGGCGGCCGAGCAGCGGGCCGAGACCGGGCAGCAGCAGCCGACCGCCGAGCCGCCGCCGGGGGAGGAGCCGGCGCGGCCCGGCGCGCAGGAGGCGGCGGGCGGCGAGGACGAGGAGGCUGAGCCGGGGCCUGAUGUGCCGGCCGAGCCCGCGGCGGACGAGGAGGAGGCCGGCGCGACCCACGGCGUGUCCCCGCCGCCGCCCGAGGAUUCCCCCACCCCGGCCGCGGACGAGGCCCCGGCGGGGCAGGCGCGGGACGCUGCGUCAGAGACCGGGUCCGAGGGGUCGAGCGGGGAGCCGGGCGGUGCGGCGGAGAACGGCGGCGCGGACGAGCCCUCCUUCAGCGACCCCGAGGACUUCGUGGAGGACGUGAGCGAGGAAGAAUUACUGGGCGAUAUACUCAAAGAUCGGCCACAGGAAGCAGAUGGAAUCGAUUCCGUGAUUGUGGUCGACAAUGUUCCUCAAGUGGGACCUGACCGUCUGGAGAAACUCAAAAACGUCAUCCAUAAGAUCUUUUCCAAGUUUGGGAAAAUCACAAAUGAUUUUUAUCCAGAGGAGGAUGGAAGGACAAAAGGGUAUAUUUUCCUGGAAUAUGCAUCCCCUGCCCAUGCUUUGGAUGCUGUGAAAAAUGCCGAUGGCUACAAGCUCGACAAGCAGCACACAUUCAGAGUCAACCUCUUCACUGAUUUUGACAAGUACAUGACUAUCAGUGAUGAGUGGGAUAUUCCAGAGAAACAACCUUUCAAAGACCUGGGAAACUUACGUUAUUGGCUUGAAGAGGCGGAAUGCAGAGAUCAGUACAGUGUGAUAUUUGAGAGUGGAGACCGCACUUCCAUAUUCUGGAAUGACGUAAAGGAUCCGGUCUCCAUUGAAGAGAGAGCGAGAUGGACAGAGACGUAUGUGCGUUGGUCUCCUAAGGGCACCUACCUGGCGACCUUUCAUCAGCGAGGCAUUGCUCUUUGGGGGGGAGAAAAAUUCAAACAAAUUCAGAGAUUCAGCCACCAAGGGGUUCAGCUUAUUGAUUUCUCACCUUGUGAAAGAUACCUGGUGACUUUUAGCCCCCUGAUGGACACUCAGGAUGACCCUCAGGCCAUCAUCAUCUGGGACAUCCUUACCGGGCAGAAGAAGAGAGGUUUUCACUGUGAAAGCUCAGCCCAUUGGCCUAUUUUUAAGUGGAGCCAUGAUGGUAAAUUCUUUGCCAGAAUGACACUCGAUACUCUCAGUAUCUAUGAAACUCCUUCUAUGGGUCUUUUGGACAAGAAGAGCUUGAAGAUCUCUGGCAUAAAAGACUUCUCCUGGUCUCCCGGUGGUAACAUAAUAGCCUUUUGGGUGCCUGAAGAUAAGGAUAUUCCAGCCAGGGUAACCCUGAUGCAACUUCCUACCAGACAAGAGAUCAGAGUUAGGAAUCUAUUUAAUGUUGUGGAUUGCAAGCUACAUUGGCAGAAAAAUGGAGAUUACUUGUGUGUUAAAGUAGAUAGGACUCCAAAAGGUACCCAGGGUGUUGUCACAAAUUUUGAAAUUUUCCGAAUGAGAGAAAAACAGGUGCCUGUCGAUGUGGUCGAAAUGAAAGAAACCAUCAUAGCCUUCGCCUGGGAGCCGAACGGGAAUAAGUUUGCUGUGCUGCAUGGGGAAGCUCCUCGGAUAUCGGUGUCUUUCUACCACGUGAAGAACAAUGGCAAGAUCGAGCUCAUCAAGAUGUUUGAUAAACAGCAGGCCAACACCAUCUUCUGGAGCCCCCAAGGACAGUUCGUUGUGUUGGCUGGUCUGCGGAGCAUGAACGGCGCCUUGGCCUUCGUGGACGCUUCGGACUGUACGGUCAUGAACAUCGCGGAGCACUACAUGGCCUCCGACGUCGAGUGGGACCCGACCGGGCGCUAUGUCAUCACGUCCGUGUCCUGGUGGAGCCACAAGGUGGACAAUGCCUAUUGGCUGUGGACCUUCCAGGGCCGUCUCCUGCAGAAGAACAGCAAGGACCGCUUCUGCCAGCUGCUGUGGAGGCCUCGGCCCCCCACCCUCCUGAGCCAGGAUCAGGUCAAGCAAAUUAAAAAGGACCUGAAGAAAUACUCCAAGAUCUUUGAACAGAAGGAUCGUUUGAGCCAAUCGAAAGCCUCAAAGGAAUUAGUGGAGAGAAGGCGAACCAUGAUGGAAGAUUUCCGAAAAUACCGGAAAAUGGCUCAAGAACUCUAUAUGGAGCAGAAAAACGCACGGCUGGAAUUGCGAGGAGGUGUGGACACGGACGAGCUGGACAGCAACGUGGACGACUGGGAGGAGGAGACCAUCGAGUUCUUUGUCACCGAAGAAAUUAUUCCACUUGGAAACCAGGAGUGAUCCGAGAGCCCUGUGUUCCCUUGUUACAGGACAGCGAGUGGACGGUGUCCCCUUGUUGCAGCGUCACCGUGUGUUGUGCUGGAACCGAGGUCAUCCUUUUGCGGAAAGCCUGCCCACUCCUGACUUUUCACCUGCGCUUUCUCUUGCCCAGGCUGUGGCCGCGCCUGGGACUCGCCGUCUCCACACGUCGCUGUGCCUUUCAGCCCCUGGUACCCAGGGUGGGGGAGGUUUGCCGGCGCUGCUCUCGGUUUUCGCUCGCUGGGUUUCCAAUCGCACCGAAGACUGGGCCCUGCCUCACGCGGCCAGCGCCGUCCACAGCCGCGCGGGGUCCCUCCAGGGCUCCCUGGCUGCCAGCAGGGAAGCCGCUUGGGGCACCAGCGCGUCCCCCGCCAUUCAGGUUGUGACAGGUUCUCUCAACAGGCUGAACGUGGAAAUAAAAGCAAACCUGUACGAAAAAGCUGUCUUUCUCCUGUCUUUGAACGUAGAUAGCGGCCUUGACCUUCGUGCUUCUUCCGUCUGCCACAGUAGCAGCCGCCGCUGGGCUCAGUGCGUCCAGCGCUGCGCUCGAGAGGCAAGGAGGGGCCGUCAGCCUCCCUCGGGGUUUCCUUCUGCUUUGCAGCUGAGCUUUGAAAAGUGAUGCAUCAGCCCAAACACAGUUUCUUUUUCAAUUUUUGUUUCCUGUGCUUGUCAGUUCACCUGAUGAGAAAGAACCCUUUAGUCUUUUCCUCAGUUACACAGGUUUGAAGACUUACAUUGACAGUUGUCACUUUAGCCACUAGUAUGUGGUCCUGUUUGAAUAUUUAACUCUUUCCCCCGCGGAGGAGGGAGUGAGCAAAUCCAGGUAACUCAGCUCGUUUUCACCUGCAGUGUCCUGCUGCCCUCGGUGCCUUGUGAAACGGCAGCUUCUUCCACCUCUGUCUCUUUCUCUCCUGGAACCUGAAGCUUAGUUUAAAAAGCAGCGAAGCACGGAACAGGUACACUUGGAGCUCACAGCCGUGAUCUCUGUGUACAGUGGACAGACCUAAGACGACCUUGUGGGGCAGGAGACAGGCAGAUGUCUGCCCCCGCAGCUCGGCCGGCUGGUGCGAAGCGGCCCCCGACCGGCAUUGUCCCCGCUCCCUGGCCUCUCCUGUGGGAGCCGGGGCUUCGUGCUCUUCCUCUCUCCGGGGCCUGGGCUUUCUCUGCAGCCCCUCAUCCUGCCGUGUAGCUCAUCCUCGCGCCCCCUCGGAGUCACAGCAAUUCCUGUUUCCUUUCACGUUCCUUAAACUUCACUGUGUCAAGACCUAGUUUUUCUAAUUUCAUGGCAGUAAGAAGGAAAAGGCACAUGGUUCUAUCAUAUUAACAGAUUUUUAACAGAGCUUUUGAAAGAUUAACUUUUCACUGUUUUAAACUGGCUAGUUGUAACUUUUACAUAGUUUGUGAAUAAAAAUUUCUUAAGCAA